AUGGCACGCGAUGACGGCAGUUUGGCAGCGGCAUGCCAAGCCGACUACGAGGAAAUGGCGCGGCUCCUUGCGACUUGCCACCGGAGCCGCGUCCGCAAAGAACUUCUGCGCUGGCUGGAAAGACGCCAGGAUGCCGCUGAGAUGGCUUCUCUCUUGUCGUCAAGCAAAAGCCAGCGGCUGCUUUCGGAGCUUCGGCCAUGGCUCGGGGAAGACUGUACAGAUUCAAGCACCAUGCCGCCGCCAGAGCCUUCGCAGGACAUCCCGACAGUCCUCCUUCUCGGAGACAGAGAUCUAGCGCGGCAGCUGCUAAGAGCUUUGACCCUGCAGGAGGAUGCUGCUGAUGUCGCUGUGGGCAUCCUGGAAAACAAGUACUACUCAGUGCGGCUGCAAUACCGGGUCCUGGCCAGUGCAGAGCUGCCGGGUAAUCUGGAGGAGGCUGUUGCAACUGCGGAGGCAGUCAUUCUUGUGUGGGAUGUGCACCAUCCCCAGCCGUUCUAUGGCAUCAAAGAUGUCAUCAAAGGCUCUGAUGAUCCAGAGGCGGAGGAAGCAGAUGAAGGAACCGACCGCGUCCAACUUUGCCUUGCCGUCGACAACGGCAGCUCGGAAGCCGCGUUCCCGGAUCAAGAGGAGGUCUGGUCUUGGUGCCUGGAGCAUGGAUACGAGAUGCUGCAGUGCCCUCUACGUUCGGGCGACCUCCAAGCUCUCCGACAUCGAGUAGAAGGAGCUCGCCAGGGUAGGCCACUGGGCUUGCUGUCGGAUGAGAGCGACGGCACUGUGAUCAGGGUACUCGAGGCCCUGGAAUGCCAUGCGUCGUGGACGGGUCUCGAGCCAAAGGCCCGCUCAACUCAGCGGACAGUCGAUGAGCAAUCCAGGCCCGCCGCCGUCGAGCAAGCACCUGGACUCGACGCGAUCGGCGAUUCUGCAGAUCCUCACGGAAGCGCUGAUGCUGAAGCCGGCAAGAGCGGAUACCAGGCUCUUGAAGCCCAAGACGACGAGUUUGAUGCUGCAGAGGAGUUUGAGAAGUUGGCCGGAGAGAUGAAGGACAUCCGAAACAUGGAGGAUCAUGCCGCUCGCAAAGAGCGCGCGUGCGAAGUCGCCCUUCGCCUUGCCUCCACUUUGGGCAUCGAUUCGGACUCCGACUAG